AUGGGCGGUGGGGAUUUCGAUGAUCAUGUUGCCAUCAUGGGAGAUUGGAUGCCUCCAAGUUCGAGCCCAAGGUCCCUUUUGUCAUCAAUGAUCGGCAAUGAAAAUAAAAACAGGCCCUAUUUUCAAGAGCCCGAAUUACAGUAUGAUCAGAAUAAACCUCAAGCCCAAACUAGCACACCAGGCGAUGGAUCAAGCGACUCGAAUGCACUCACGGAGCCCAAAACGAGCUCACGUGGUGGAGGCCUUAUGGAGAGAAGGGCUGCCAGAGCUGGUUUUAAUGCUCCAAGGCUAAAUACGGAAAGUAUUAGACACGGUGAUCUUUCCAAGGAAGAAAAAGUUCGGUCUCCUUAUUUGACGAUACCACCUGGUCUUAGCCCAACUACUCUGCUCGAUUCCCCUGUUUUCCUAACUAAUUCACUGGUUCAGCCAUCCCCAACAACUGGAAAAUUUGCAUUUGCUCUGGGUGGUAACAAUCAGAACUCCACAAUGAUGAUGAUGACAGAUGAAUCUGAUAACAAGUGUAUGGAGAAUAAUGCUUUUGAAGAUAACAAGCCAUUCGUUUUCAAACCUAUUGCCGAGUCCAAGUCAGCUCCUAAUUUCAACUCUAUCAACAGAGCACACGCUUCUUCGGGUCCUUUUCCCGGUUUUGGAAUUUCCUCUCAUCCCGAGAAAAGCAAUUUCUCACCCGAGAACACUUCCCCGCCACUCGAUGACGAGACAGACCCCACUGUUCCUAAUGCUGCCGGCACUUCUGCAGGAGGAACUCCGGCAGAGGAUGGCUACAACUGGCGAAAAUACGGCCAGAAGCAGGUCAAAGGGAGCGAGUAUCCGCGGAGCUACUACAAAUGCACCCACACGAACUGCCCCGUGAAGAAGAAAGUCGAGCGGUCCCACGAGGGCCACGUCACCGAGAUCAUCUACAAAGGAGCCCACACCCACCCGAAGCCGCCUCCCGCCGGCCGCCGGCCGCCGGUCGAGGGUACAGCUCCAGUGGAGUCUAUGCCGGAAGGCGGCAACCUUGUGUGGCCGCCGGGCGUGCAGAGCAAUCCCGAGGUUUUAACAUUAACAUACCCGGAAAAUGGGCCGAAUCUUGUUGUGGCCCGAGAUGGAGACCCGGCCCGGUAUGAGCCGGGAGUGGUGGAUGGAGGCGGUGUGGAGGGGUCGUGCACUUUCUCGAACGAAGAGGAUAAUGAAGAUGACCGUGUGACACAUGGAAGCGUGUCGUUGGGUUAUGAUGACGAGGGAGGAGAAGAGUCGGAACUAAAGAGAAGGAGAAUCGAGGCUUAUGCUUCGGAGGUUAGUGGGGCCACGAGGGCAAUUAGGGAGCCGAGAGUCGUGGUCCAAACAACGAGCGAGGUGGAUAUACUUGACGAUGGGUACCGCUGGCGCAAAUAUGGGCAGAAAGUUGUGAAAGGGAAUCCGAAUCCAAGGAGUUACUACAAGUGCACGAGCCCGGGCUGCAACGUUCGAAAACACGUCGAGCGGGCUUCUCACGACCUUAAAUCAGUGAUAACCACUUACGAGGGCAAGCACAAUCACGAUGUCCCUGCGGCCCGCAAUAGCAGCCACGCGAAUUCCGGGACUACAAACCAACACCACACUCCUGCUGCAGCAGCAGCAGCAGCGGUCACAAGUGGACACGUCCAACGGGCCGAGCCUCCUCCUCAAAUGCAUGCAGCCAUGGCCCGAUUCGAAAGGCCUUUGCUUGGUCCUAUUGGCUUCCCUGGCAGGCCUCAGCACAUGGGACCCGGCCCAGGGUUUGGGUUUGGGUUGGGCUUGGGCCAGCAGAGGUUUGCCAGCCUGGGUUUGGCUGGCUUCGGACAUCAUCAUCAAGGGAAGCUGCCACCAAUGCAAGUUCAUCCGUAUUUAGGAUAUGGGCCGAGGCCCGUGAGUGAUAUGGGUCUUGUUAUUCCAAAAACCGAACCUAAGGUGGAGCCGGUGGUGGACGGUGGUUCAGAUGGAUCCUUGGCCUAUCAACAGCUUAUGAGCCGGUUGCCACUUGGACCACAGAUGUAA